GAGGAGGAACAAACAACUCAUCGUCUCGACUCGAUUCUCACCGAGGCAGCGAAAAAAAAAGAGGGGAGAGAAAAAAAAAACACCAGCGAGGCAACGAGGGGGUGGGUGGUGGUGGCGGCGGCGGCGAUGGAGAGCGAGAUGGCGGACGCGGCGCCGGCACCGGCGGUGGCGGCGGCGGCGACGGCGGAGCCGCUGGCGGCGGUGGCGGAGGAAGGGGAGGAAGGCGGGGAGGCGGCGGUGGGGUCCACCCUCACCAUGGAGCGCGUCGCCGCGGCGAAGAAGUUCAUCGAGAACCACUACCGCUCGCAGAUGAAGAACAUCCAGGAGCGCAAGGAGAGGCGCUUUAGAUUGGAGCGACAACUGGAAUCUUCCCAAGUUCCCAGGGAGCAGCAAAUCAAUCUACUAAAAGAUCUGGAGAGAAAGGAAACAGAGUACAUGCGGCUUAAAAGGCACAAAAUCUGCGUUGAUGACUUUGAGCUGCUCACCAUUAUUGGCAGAGGAGCUUUUGGAGAGGUUCGACUCUGCCGGGAGAAGACAUCUAGCAACAUUUAUGCAAUGAAAAAGCUAAAGAAGUCUGAUAUGGUUGUCAGGGGUCAAGUGGAACAUGUUAGAGCGGAAAGAAACUUGCUGGCUGAAGUUGCUAGCCACUGCAUUGUGAAGCUAUACUAUUCUUUUCAAGAUUCGGAGUACCUUUAUCUUAUCAUGGAGUAUCUCCCUGGUGGUGAUAUCAUGACCCUUCUCAUGAGAGAGGAUACCUUAACUGAGCAUGUGGCUCGAUUCUACAUUGCUGAGACCAUCCUUGCUAUUGAGUCCAUUCAUAAACACAACUACAUCCACAGAGAUAUUAAGCCUGACAACCUGCUUCUCGACAAGAAUGGUCACAUGAAGCUGUCAGAUUUUGGGCUGUGCAAGCCAAUUGAUUGUUCAAAGCUCUCAACAUUGAAUGAAGAUGAACCGAUGGGUGAUGACAAUUUGAGGGAAUCAAUGGAUAUCGAUAGCUCUUUCUCUGAAACAACAAAUGGUAGAAGGUGGAGAAGUCAACAUGAACAACUUCAGCACUGGCAGAUGAACAGAAGAAAACUGGCAUUCUCAACUGUUGGGACACCAGACUAUAUUGCUCCAGAAGUUCUGCUAAAGAAGGGAUAUGGAAUGGAAUGUGACUGGUGGUCUUUGGGUGCAAUCAUGUAUGAGAUGCUUGUUGGUUAUCCACCAUUUUAUUCUGAUGAUCCAAUAACCACAUGCCGAAAGAUUGUCCACUGGAGAAACCAUUUGAAAUUUCCAGAGGAUUCAAAGGUGUCUCCUGAAGCAAGGGAUCUCAUUUGCCGGUUAUUAUGUGAUGUUGACCACAGGAUUGGCAGUGCAGGAGCAGACCAAAUAAAGGCACAUCCUUGGUUCCGUGGAGUUGCUUGGGAAAAACUAUAUGAGAUGGAAGCUGCAUUUAAGCCUCAAGUAAAUGAUGAACUGGACACACAGAACUUCAUGAAGUUUGAGGAAAUGGAUAAUGCUCCAACCAGAACAGGUUCCGGGCCCUCAAGAAAGAUGAUGCUGAAUUCCAAAGACCUCAGCUUUGUGGGAUAUACGUACAAAAACUUUGAUGCUGUGAAAGGAUUGAAACAUUCAGAUCAACAAAGGAACCAAUCUCUAAUAAGGCCCUCUAUUGGCUCCAUUUUUGGUGACACGUCCAGCAGAUAUGGAUCCAUCUAGAGAACCAAAUGGAAGGGACAAGCACAUGCACACAGUUUCUUCUGGUGAUCCGAUGAUUCAAUGACCUGCGUCCCGUUGUUCCUUGGAAAAUCCUGAACUAAAAUUAGCAUGCGACGCCUGAACGAUGUGGCUUCAUCCGGAGAACCUGCUUGUUUUAGGCCAGGUUAUCUGCCCUGUUAAUCGUUGGCGAGCAUUCUGUAGAAAUCCAACAAAGCUUCUAGUUGUAAAAAUAGUAUGCUGAGUACUUAACAAAACAGCCCGUGUACCCAGGGGGGCUUGUGGUCUUUGUUGUAGCGUGUUGGGACCAAGCGGAAAUGGGCAGGUUGGGGGGAGUAUUUGCACCUUUGGGGGCUGGCUGCCCAGGUUGGCAGAGCUAAUUGCCGCCUUCUCUUGUGGCAGUUCCUGGUCCGCUGACAUUUUCAUCUUGUGGAAACAAACAAAUAAGGCAAGCUAUGCUGUUGUUGCUGUUGCCGGUGGUGUUUUGAUGUGCGUGUGUAUCAGCAGAAAUUUAAUUUUCCGUAACGACCCUUUUGCCCCCUAGUCUAUGGUCUCCCGUUGCAGAAAUGCCUAAUUUUGUCUGUUAGUGUAAUGUUCAUCAGUUAUAUCUUUGGUCAUGUACUAUUAUUGAACCCUCUGACUUCAUAAUUUUGUGGAGAUACUACCUUCUUUUC